AUGGACGUCGAUCUCCCAUACAAACCCCAAUGGAAUACAGGUCACGAAGACCGUGCCUGGCACGUAGCUUGGAACCCGGCAAAACCAUUGCUUGCAUCUUGUUCAGCUGACAAAACCGUCCGACUCUAUUCCUAUGCCUCCAGCUCAAAUGAAGCAACCCCGGGACUCGAAUUUCAAUUGAUAACUAGCAUACCAACAGGGCAUGCGAAGACAGUGCGCUCCGUCGCGUGGGCGCCUGCAGGCCAGACACUUGCGACCGCAUCGUUCGAUUCCAACAUCGGGAUAUGGGAAAAGGAAGCGGAUGAGUGGGAGUGUAUAAGCACACUAGAAGGACAUGAAACGGAAUGCAAGUGUAUCGCAUACUCCGCUUCCGGGACGCUAUUGGCGAGCUGCAGCAGGGAUAAGACCGUCUGGAUCUGGGAAGUACACCCUGACGGCGAUUUCGAAACCAUUUCUGUUCUUAUGGAACACACUCAAGACGUAAAAUUUGUCAGCUGGCAUCCGAUAGAGGAGAUUCUUGCCUCUGCUUCUUACGACGACACAAUCAAGCUUUACAUCGAAGAUCCCUCUGACGACUGGUAUUGCUUUUCUACGCUAUCUGGGCACACUUCAACAGUGUGGUCUCUAGCAUGGUCCCCGGGGACCAGCAGCUACCUCGCAUCGUCAAGCGACGAUAAGACCGUGCGAGUCUGGAGGCGAGUCGCUGAGCAUAAAUGGGAGUGCGUGCUGGUGCUCGGAGGCCAUGAUAGGAGCGUGUACAGCGUCAGCUGGAAUAAGGCCCCCAAAUCCGUCCGAAAAUCUACCCCUGGUUGUCUUGGUUGGUUGGCGAGUGCAGGUGGGGACGGGAAGGUUCUUAUAUGGGAGCUCUCGGAACCCAUCUUGGAGGAUAACACAAGCGGAAAUGUCAGUCUUCUUCCACCUCGGCAUAAACUGAUUGCAUCAAUACCGUCAGCGCACGGUGUACACGAUGUUAACUCGGUUGUUUGGUGUCCUCGAGAAGGAUAUGAAGACCUGCUAGCUACCACCGGCGACGAUGGCUACACACGCGUGUGGAAAAUUGUCCCUACGACAUGA